AUGAGACUUAUUUUGAAAAGUCGUUAUUACGUGCAUCGAUAUUACAAUAUUACAGCUGAGGAUGUAGCAACUGUCCUAGUGGCGGAUAUUAACAAUCGAGCUGCCCAUGGACGAUUCCUCAACAUAAAACCAGAAAUUGGGCUCUUGAAAUCAACGGCUCGAACGUUCAUUCAAGAUGGCAUAAAGACCGAAUAUGUAACAAAAGUUAUUGGAACGACCAUUGACAAUGGACAGUAUGUGCAAUUGUUGACAACAACAUCGCGCGUACUUUACAAUCCUCCUGACAAUCUACAGACGAAGACUGUAAAUCAAAACUUACUUGACUCAAACGAUGACGUAACUUAUAUCAAUUCCCCUCCAUCGUCACCGUUCCUGCAGAACAUUGAUUACAUUGUGCCCAGCAAUCCUUACCUCGUCUUUCCCAUCCGAAAUAAUCGAAAUAACAAUGAAGUUAUUAGCAGUCAUGUUAAUAUCAACGAUAAUGAAAACGAAGAAUCUGAAAUAACUUUAUUGAAAGCGGAAAAGCUUGUUGAAGCCCCACGCGUCGCAAUUCCACAACCAAAUAAAGUUGUUCCCGAAGCUAACUUACCCACUUACACUGUUUCACAUGAUGGACCAAUAUUUCGAGCUGCUGCAGUUCCACAAGUCACUGGUCCACGUGUUGGAAAAGUGAUAACGUAUGAGCAAGAAGUAAGGGCUGAAAGUGAGAAUAAAAUUCUUCCUUCAGUCACUUACUUUGGCUUUGCUGAUUUCACAACAACUGUCGGUGAAACGGUCAUUAUUUUCUCACCAUCAACCGCUAAGCCACAAAACGACGUAAAAGAUCAUGUUACAUCAAUUAAGGGUGAACCGACAUUAAAUAUUAAAGCCACAACCACUAGCCAACAUAUUAAUCUUGAGUCAGUAAAGCCGGUCAAAGAAGAACCGCGAUUCACGUCGAAAAUCGUUGAAACUGCUUUACCGACUUUACCAUCGACACCAAAAUAUACAGAAUUGGUUCGUAAAUCAACGACUGAAAAUGUUCCGACAACAACUACUGAAGAGAAUAUUACAACAAUUGAAAGUCAAGAAGAUGAAGACGAAGAUGAUGAUGAUGAAGAAGAUGAAACGACAACUGUGCUUCCACCCCCGCAAGAACCGAAAAUAAUUCAAGUAAUUGGAGUGACAACACCUGAAUCGAUUGAAUCAUCACAAACCUCAUCAUCAGUCACUGAACCAACAUUCUCAAAACCAUCUGAUGAAGAAAUUAAAAGAAUUCUUGAAUCCUUAAAUCAAGUUUCAAAAUCGAGUGAAAUUGUUACAAGUCCCGUUGUUAUUAAAUCUCAAGAACCCGAAACAAAAGUUUUGACUGGUUCAAGUAUUAUUUUCUUUGAUGACAUAACAACACCAAAAGCUCCUUCAACUUCUGCUGUUCCUGAAACAACAGAAAGCGAUGAAGACGAUGAUGAUGAUGAUGUGACAACUGUUGAACCAACAACAUCGACAACAACAGAAGAAAAUAAAGAAAUUGUUAAUGAAAAUUUACUUGUAAAGCCUUUGACACCUAAACCAGAAACUGAAACAGAAAAGAAGGAAAUUGGUUGUUCUUCUACUGCAUAUAAAACUCUCUCUUAUCGUACAACAUUCUACAUUCCUGUUGAUGAUGUUAUCACAACAACAUCUGUUAAAUCUAAUAAAGUUGUAACAUCAUCAGUCGUUCCUGUUGAUUGUGCAAUUAAACCAACAGCUGUCACUGAAUCUCCUGCUUCAUCAAUUAUCACUACGACUGAAGACGAUUCACAAGAAGAUGAUGAUGAUGAUGAUGAAGAUGAAAGUGAGAAAUUGACAACGACAGAAAAGAUUAAAUCAACAUCAGACGAUAUUAAUGACACAACUCAAAGCGUUGAUAAUGAGAAUGAUACAACCACGAAAUCGAUUGAGAAAUCUGAACAAAUUUCUCCAGUUUACACCCCUGAAACCACGACCAUGGAAGUUGUAACAGAAUCAAGCAACAUUGAUGAAGAGACAACGGUUGAAAAUUCAGAAGAAGAAGAGAUUGAAGUUAUUUACAAGACACUCUACACGACUUACACAUAUCUAACAACUUUCUUCCAAGAGUCAACAUCAAGCGUAUCAAGCCGAAAAGACGUUGUCACCAAUGUCAUUACUUCGACAAUCAAUGCCAAUGAUUUCGCAAGUUUACUUAAUAAAUUGGAACCUUCGAAGAAAGUUGAAGAAAUUAAACCAACUGAAGUGUUGGAUGUUGGAAUUGGUCGGCCGACCGAGAAAUUCGUUCUGGCUGAAAAUGAUUUUAUUGGAGUUAACUUGUUGCUUGACAAUGAGAAAGUUGAUUACACGCCAGCAUUAAACGACAAUGAUGUUUUGAAUAGUGAAAUUAAAACACUUUACACGACUUACACAUACUUUACGACAUUGUUUAAUGAAGGUAAGUCGGAAGUGCAAAGCCGAACAGAAGUUUACACAAAUCUCAUCAAUCCAUCGUCAUCCCUCAGCAAUGUUUUGCAAAAAGAUUUGCUUGAAACAAAAUUCAUUUACGAUGCUGAGAAAGACAAUAACAAACUAACAGCCGAUGAUGGCAGCGAUAAAAAGGAAGCAAAGAAAUUAAAGCUUGAAGGCUUAGUAAGUGGAAAUGACAUCAAAACAAAUGAAGAGAAAGCUUACAGCACGAUGAUCCGUGGCGGAUUAGAUUUGCAAUCAUCAGGUGUUGAAGAAAGUGAUUGGGAUGAUGUUAAGAGCAGCACUUCCGAUGGUGAACGAUCUUAUGUUGAAAACAUUGACAGACGUAACUGGAAUUAUGAAAUUGAUGAUCAAGUCAGUUCUGAAAGCAACACAGAAGAAAGAAUUCCAUCGCCAACACUUCUUUUACAAACACGCUACACAACCUUCACUUACUACACAACAGUUUUCGGUGCUGACUCGUCAAGUAACAUUCUGAGUCGUCUUGAGACGUUGACAAAUGUUGUCACUGAAACACUUUCACCAACUCAAGUACAAAAGCUUGACGAUGCAACAGUUCCAGUGACAUAUUUCACUACUUUUACUUAUUGGACGACAUUCUAUAAAGAUGGAACGACAAAGACAACAAGUCGAGAAGAAACUGUUUCAAAUGUUGUUACACCAUCAGCAAAAGUUUCAGUUUCAUUAGAAACUGCUUUGCCAACUUCUGUCGUUGGUGCUUCUUCAGAACCUUCUGAUGUUCUUCUCGUUGCUCCAUUGCCAUCGGUCAAAGUUGAAGAAGAAAAGUCUUCAAUUGAUUCAAGUGAAACACCGCCAGCAUCUAGUGAAGCACCACCAGCAGUAGCUUCAAGUGAAACUCCACCAGCAGCUUCAAGUUCAUCGGUUGUUGUUGCUAGUAUUGAAGCAACACCAGCAAGUCAGCAAAUCCUUCAGCCAUCAACUUAUUAUACAACUUACACGUAUUACACGACAAACUACGUCGGUGAUGAGACUGUCAUCGACAGCCGGUUUGAAACUGAAACAAAUAUUGUGACUCCGACCUUGACAUUGGAAACGAAACAAGCUAAAGCAAUUGAUGUCGGAAGCAAGGAUAAUGCUUUAGAUUCAGGUAAUGAUAAAAAUAAACUUGAUGGUGAUAAAGAAAAGAAAGAAAAAGUUGCAACAAUUGAAGCAACGCCAGCACCAAGCGUGAAGCCAUUAAAUCCAACUGGAAUCGUUUCAAUUAAUCAUGGAAAGAUUAUUGAUGCUGAUGGAAUUAGCACAACACAUUUUACAACGCAAGCGAUUGGAACGUACAUUGAUAACUUAUAUGCUGAGGUUAUAGAGACAAGUUCAUCGAUUGAGGUUGAUGAGAUUAGAAAGUCGAUUCAACCAACUGAAUUGGACGCUACACCAAAGUUACAUAAAACUGGAUUGGUUCGAUUGGUUGAUGGUACAAUUGUGAAUAAGAAUGCAACAACGCUUUACGAAUCGAAAGUGAUUGGAACAUUUAUUGAUGGUCGAUACGCUCAGGUCAUUGAAAGCACUUCAAGUAUCAUUCAAGCAAAAUUAAUCGAAGCUUCAGCUGUUGAUAAUCGUGUUAACAUUGAACCAACGGCAGCUGUUCAAGUUGGUGUCACACCGUCAUCUCAGUUAAUUAACCCCACACCAGCUGUACUUGAAGGUUCGAUUAGUGACACUGUUAAAGACGACGAUGAUGAAGAUGAUUCUAAAUCCAAAUUCCCAUCGAAGAAAAAAGGAUUCACACCAGUCAUACGUCCAUUUGGAAGUUCAAGGUCGAGACCGUCAUUUAACCCUAAACGAAAGAGUUCGAUUAAUGGACCAGCAAUUAUUACGCCAACUGAAAUCAUUCCAACGAUUAAAGCUACUGCAGUUAAAGGAGAAUCAUCAAGUCGAAGAUCGUUCAGUGGACCUCGUCGUUCGAGUGGUGUCGUGUCUUCCCUCCCAAGUUCUUCCAUAGGUGGUGGUGGAAGUAGCAGCUCUCGUAGAUCAUUUGUUAGACCAACAAGUGGACGUGCAAGCAUUCAACCAACAGCAAGUAUUCGACCAUCGCGAACUUCUCUCGCACCUCGAAUUCAACCAACUUCAUUUGGUGGUGCACGUCGACCACAGCUAAGAAGUUCAUUAGGAAUCAGUAACAGAAUCGCUUCAAGUUCAAUUCUUCCUUCAAUCAAUCGUAGUCGAAUUCGACCUUCGGCAAGUCUUGACAAAAUUGGCACACAAGCGACAGCAACAACUCCAGAACCUGAUGAAUUCGAGACAACUUUAAUCACCGAUGAACCUUCUGAUGAUGUUGAAAAUGAAAGUCAAGAACCUGUCACAACUACAACUGAAAAUUCAAGGCGAAGUAAUAAUCCACUUUUAAGACGUCGCCCUCCAUUUACAGGUGGACGUGCGAACGUUCCACCUCCAACUCAAAGGACAGUGACAAUUGCAACUCGUCGUAAUCCACUUGCAAGAACGUCUCGUGUUACAACGACAACAGCAGCGACAACGACCACUCCAAGAACGACAAGAAAUAGAAGUUUAUUGAGACCGUCACUUCCACCAGUUGUCAUUAAUCAAAAUCGUCAACGAACGUCUGGCAGUUUAUUCCCUCCAAGAGGCUUACUACAGAAGACAACGACACAAACUCCACAAGAGAUCGAUGAAGAAAUUGGAGAAGAUGAGAAUAAUUCAUCAGAAGUUGACGUUGAAUAUGAAGACACGAAAAUUAAAGAAGUGAAAGCUGUAGCACCAAGAAGACGAUCAAAACGACAAACUGAUUAUGGAACUCGAUCUCCAGGAUACAAUCCAAGAUUCAAACGUCCGACAACAACAAGAAGUGGUCGUGCUGAUUACUACACUUAUGAUUCUGAAGAACUUAUUGUCACUGAAACACCAAAACCACGUGCAGCAAGCCGAUAUAAUCCCCGGUCACGUUCUAAAGAUUUAUCAAGUGAUAAUUCAAAUACAAGAAUCAAACCAACAUCAAGUACAUCACAAAACAACAGAUUAUUGUUCACACUUCGUGAUAAAGACACAAAUCCAUCAGUGACACCACGAACAUCAAAUUUUCGUCGUCCAUCAGUUAAAAGUUACAACAGCAAUCGAAGAACGUCAGGGACGACGAAACCAAGUAAUUCAAGGUUUCGUAAUUAUGGACAAGACUCAUUCGCAUCUUCAAGAACUGGAACCAACAGCAAUAGCCGACGAACAACGCACAGAAAUCGUGCAACAACUCGCGGUACUGGCAGGUCAAGAAUAGAAGCCGAUCCAGUUUAUCUUCCAAAGUUUGAUGGCACCAUCACUGCCACUCAUCACAUUCCAACUGAAGUCACAAUUCCAGUUGUUGUUGGUAAAAAUACUGAAUACAAAAAUGUCAUAACAGCGAAGAUUAGCACAGAAGUCUUGGGACCAAAACAAUAUUCAACAAGCACUGGAAAUAAUGGUCUGACAACGUUAGUCAUUCUCGAAGAGAAAACAGCUGUGAAUCAGAAUGGGUUGACGGAAAUCACUCAAUACCUUUUAAGUGAGACGCCAACAACGAGCAUAAUAUUUACGCCAACAACAAUUCGUGGUCGCAAGACUUCGUUCUCGCAUGUGAUUCCAAGUACCGUCUACGAUGCACAUCCAGUUGUGUCGACAGUUCAACCUCAAGGUUUAGCAAACAAUGCGCCUUUGGCGAAUAUUCUUUUGUCUCAACUGCUUUUGGGCAACAUUGGAUUUAAUCAACCUCAAGCAGCCUACAAUCCACUCUUAGGCCUCCAACAGCCGCAGUAUCUUCAAGCACAACAUCAAAUUGCAACAACGCCUGUGACUGAAUUUAAAACGAGAACUACUACUUAUGUUACUACACUUCAUGAAGGUAGAUCAACAGUGUUGCCAAUUACAUUCCGUGGAAGUAAAAUCUACACAACAAUCUUUGAUGAUUCAUCAAUGGUAAUUACUGCAACAGAAUUUAUCACAGAUACUGUCGUCAUUACCCCAACGCAACUUCAUCACCAUCAGCCACAAUUAAACAGUUUACUUUUGCCAUUGUUACUCCAACAACAACAACAACAACAACAACAGCAACAAGCUCCAAAUCCACUUCAGAACAUCAACACACUUCCAAAUUCUUUUGACAUUUUAAAUCGUGAAGCCCUUGAAAGUCUUUCACUUGGUGAUGAUAAACAAAUUCAGAGCGUAACAAAAGAUGAAAUUCAACAAAACUCAAAAGAAGAAGAUUAUGAAGAUGAGAAAGUUGAAGUGAAGGUGCCGAAGAAGCCGAAACUUUUCAAGGCUCCAACGCCUGCACCGCAACCGGAAAAGAAAUUCGAUACAAGUGUCAUCACACUUUAUGUGUCGGGUCGUCGUCCGGGUGAGUUUAGCACCGUGUUAUCAACUGUUCUUAAUGAGAGUCCAGUCUACAAGAGAUCUGCGCCAUACGUGAAUGUUAAGCCAUCAGAUUUGCCUAAUCUGGACGUGCUAGAAGCGGAAGCUAGUGACAAUUACUUUGAAUAUGUUCUUGCCGGUUCAAGCAACGACAUCAGCCCCGAGCCGCGUGGAAACAGCCAAGAAACUGAAAGUUUAGAUUUCGUGCUAGGCGAUUACAACAAAUUCACAUCUUCGGUGUUGUAAAUAAUUUUUCACAGCAUUGAUUAGACCGUAACAAGAAGCCAAAAAUGCCAAAGUCAAAAGAGAGUUGAAAAACGAAAUGAAAAGAAAAUAUUGAUUAAAAAAACGUAAUGAAACUAUUUAGUGGGUUGGACUUGAUAAGAAGCAAUUUAUAUAAAAUGAAAAUUGUCUGACAAUAGUUUUCUACGAAUUAUAAUUUUUUUUAUUUUGGCAUUAAUACGUGAGCGAUUCUGUACAAAAAGAUAAAUCGCCGCAAAACUUCACUCAAUUCGUUUAAUUUAUUAUUUCGAUAAGGAAACUUUUUUGUUUUGUAUGUUAAAUAAUAGCGAAAUAUUCGCAACUAGUUCUGUUUAAUACUCAAGAUAGUGGACACAAUUAUUGAAAAGAAUUCUUUCUCCUUCUUUUCCUAACGAUAAUGAAUAUCUAAUUGACAAUCUUAAAACCAUUAAAUAUUAUAAAACGAAAUGUAAAAAGUGUUUAAUAAGAUAUCCGUUGAUAAAAAAAGAAAAAAAGAAUAAAAUUCGGAAAAUUAAAUUGAAAUGUUUAAUAAUCUUUGAGACUGACUGAUAAAAGCUUCAAGAUGAAGACGAAAACUUUCCCCAUCCAUAAUUAUCACUUUCCCC